AUGAAGUACUUCCCACCAAGAAAAAAUGCUAAGUACAGAAGCGAAAUCAAGAAUUUUCAACAAAUUGUUAGGGAGUCGGUUAAUGAGUCUUGGGAGCGUUUUAAACAGCUUCUGCAAAAAUGCCCUCACCAUGGAAUCCCAAGAUGUAUCCAAAUUGAGAAAUAUUAUAAAGGCUUGGACGAUGCUACACGUUUAGUCAUCGAUGCCUCAACAAAUGGCGCAUUGCUAGUAAAACCUUAUGCUGAAGCAUUCAAUAUCUUGGAGAGGAUAUCAUCGAACAACCAUUCAUGGUCAGACCCUAGAGCUAUUCAAGGUAGAGGAGGUAAGGGACUUAAUGAAUCUGAAUCAUACUAUGCUUUGAACUCGAAAGUUGAAAACUUGACAAAUUUAGUGAUGAGAAGCAUGACUCAGCAAAACACAGUGGGAGCAUCUGAUGGUAAGGCAAAUGUUAGCCACAUCCAAGGGAUUUCUUGCUCUUUUUGCGAAGGAGAGCAUCAUUACAACAACUACCCUGACAAUCCAGAGUCGGUGUACUAUUUGGGAAAUGCUCAGAACAAUGGAAAGAACUCAUAUUCCAAUACGUACAACCCGGGCUGGAGGAACCAUCCCAACUUUAGUUGGAGUGGAAAUCAGGGAGGAAACAAUGCUGGUACAUCCAAUGCUCCAGCAUAUCAGCAAAAAGAAAGUUAUCCCCCAGACUUCUCAAACCAAGGUCAGGUAACAGUGCAAAUGGUAUCUGAAGGAUCAUUCGCAUCAUUGGAGAAUCUAAUGAAGAAGAAUAUGGAAAAGAAUGACAUCACAGUGCAAAGUCAGGCAGCAUCACUGAGGAAUCUAGAAAUGCAAGUGGGUCAGUGGCAACAGAUCUGA